AUGAGUCACAGGCAGGUGCUGCAAGUGUUCGAGCAGUACCAGAAAGCCCGGACCCAGUUCGUGCAGAUGGUUGCGGAGCUGGCGACCAGACCCCAAAACAUCGAGACGCUGCAGAACGCGGGUGUAAUGUCUUUGCUGAGGCCUCUUCUUCUGGAUGUGGUCCCAACAAUUCAACAGACUGCUGCUUUGGCUCUUGGGAGACUGGCCAAUUAUAAUGAUGACCUAGCAGAAGCAGUUGUCAAGGGGGACAUUCUUCCACAGCUCGUUUAUUCGUUGGCAGAACAGAAUCGUUUUUACAAGAAAGCAGCCGCCUUUGUGUUACGAGCAGUUGGUAAACAUUCUCCUCAGCUGGCUCAGGCAGUGGUUGACUGUGGAGCACUGGAUACACUGGUGAUAUGCUUGGAAGAUUUUGACCCUGGAGUCAAGGAAGCUGCAGCCUGGGCCCUUGGAUAUAUUGCAAGACAUAAUGCAGAACUGUCACAAGCUGUGGUGGAUGCGGGAGCUGUUCCUCUUUUAGUACUCUGUAUCCAGGAGCCAGAAAUUGCUUUGAAAAGGAUUGCUGCUUCAGCCCUCAGUGAUAUUUCAAAGCAUUCUCCAGAGUUAGCACAGACAGUAGUGGAUGCAGGAGCUGUCGCUCACUUAGCCCAGAUGAUCCUGAACCCUGAUCCUAAACUGAAGCGUCAGAUCCUUUCAGCGCUCAGUCAGAUUGCAAAACACUCUGUGGAUCUGGCAGAAAUGGUCGUUGAAGCAGAGAUUUUUCCAGUUGUACUUACCUGUCUGAAGGACAAAGAUGAAUACGUGAAGAAAAAUGCUUCUACUUUAAUUAGAGAGAUUGCAAAACAUACGCCUGAGCUUUCACAGCUGAUAGUGAAUGCAGGAGGCGUUGCUGCUGUGAUUGAUUGUAUUGGGUCCUGCAAAGGGAAUAUCAGGCUGCCUGGCAUCAUGAUGCUUGGAUACGUAGCAACUCAUUCAGAGAACCUAGCGAUGGCGGUGAUCAUUUCCAAGGGUGUACCCCAAUUGUCAAUCUGCUUGUCAGAAGAACCAGAAGAUCAUAUUAAGGCUGCUGCUGCUUGGGCCUUAGGACAGAUUGGGAGACACACUCCUGAACAUGCACGGGCUGUCGCAGUGACAAAUAUUUUGCCAGUUCUGCUUUCUUUGUACUUGUCAACAGAAAGUUCUGAGGAUCUUCAAGUAAAAAGUAAAAAAGCCUUAAAGAAUAUUCUACAAAAAUGUACCUACCUACCAGCCCUUGAACCAUUUCUGUACGAAGCGCCUCCUAAUAUUCUGAAGCAUGUGGUCGGACAGUUCAGUAAGGUGCUUCCACAUGAUAGCAAAGCUCGACGACUUUUUGUAACAAGUGGGGGACUUAAAAAGGUUCAAGAGAUAAAAGCAGAACCUGGUUCUCUCCUUCAAGAAUACAUCAACAAUAUUAACAAUUGUUAUCCAGAGGAAAUAGUAAGGUAUUAUUCCCCUGGAUUUUCAGAUACACUUCUGCAGAGGGUGGACAGCUAUCAACCACUUACUAACUAA